UUUUCGUUCUGCUAGGCAGCUGUUUUUUUCUGUUGUUUUCUGAAUUGAAGGUUCAAGAUGGCGUAUCUCCAAACUGAGAUUCUUGGUCAUACUCAAAAAGUAUGUAGACUCUAUAAAAGUGCUUUGAAACACGUCUUUGAAUAUGCACCUAACAGAGCUGCAUAUCGGUACGCUGCUGUAUGUGUUAGACAGAAAUUCGAAGAAAACCGUCAUCUAACCGAUGCCCUCAAAGUGCAAACUCUCAUUGAGGAUACAAAGGAGGAACUGUUUCAGAAACAACACAGCCACCCUUUCCGAUAUGCUACAUCACCAGGAGGAUCAGCCUAUGGACGAGAGCUCAAAUCUCCUGACUGGGUGCUAGACCUCUGGAGCCCAGAUGAGAAAGCUCAAUAUCCAGAGUAUUUUGCUCGUAGAGAGGAAAUGAAGAAAGAGUAUAUAGUCUACUGGGAAAAGAAGUUUGGCAAUAAGGCAGAGGAACUACAUCAUCAUCAUUGAAAAUUUAUUUCUGCAAAUUACUGUGUAUAGGCAUUGACAAAUAGAUAAGAAUUCAGACAGAAAUACAGUCAAAAGAAUUCAAAAGAAACAA